AUGCUGGGACUUGCAGUCAGGCCAUCCGGAGGCUCCCAGCUUGGGCGGAGGCCACCUCCCCGUGUACCCCACUUCCCUCCUUGGGCUCAAGGGAGCGGUGGGGUGGUGGUGGCGGGGCUGCGAUCCUCCACGCGUGGCUUUUCCCCGGGCGUAAAGGCAGCCGAGCCGGCGGCCUUUCCUGCGGGCUGCGAGAGGGGCCGGCCGCUCCCCUGCGGGCUGCGGGAAGGGCUCCUGCUUUCGCGGCCGUGGCCUCGGGGCGCUUCGCCGCGGCCUCCCCGUCCGACGCCUGCGGGGGACCCCCCCCCGCGUUUCCCCGGGCCGCGCGCCUGCGCAGAGCGAGCCGGCGCGGGGGCGGCUCCAGCUGCAAAACCGCUGGCGCGGCGCGGCUGCGGCAGCGGCGGCGGCGGCGACGGCAGCAGCAGCGUUGACCGCGACGGCCCCCGCCCGCGCCGCCCCUUCCCCGGCCGCAGGCAGAGCAGCGCGCGGGGCGCCCGGAGGAUGCCGGGGCCGGGGCCGGGGCCGGGGCCGGGGCCGGCGCCGCUGCCGAGCUACGCGGAGCUGGCGCGGCGCGGCUACGGCAGCCUGGCCGAGGCGGCGCGGGGCUGCGGCGGCUGCGGCUGGGAGCUGGCCCGGCGGACGUGGGCCGAGAGCGCGCGGCUGGCCUGGGGCGAGGCGCUGCUCUGCCUGCUCGCCGCCCUCGCCUGGACCGCCGCCCGGCGCGCCGCCACCCGCCGCCUCUUUCGGCCUUUCGCUGCCUGGUGUCAACUCCUCCCCAGGGAUGCUGCCAAGAUGCCAGAGAGCGCCUGGAAGCUGGCUUUCUACACCAUCUCCUGGUCCUACGGCACCUACCUGCUCUUCUUUGCCGGCUACCCAUUUUUCUAUGACCCUCCUUCGGUGUUUUACGACUGGAAGAAAGGCAUGGAGGUGCCGGUGGAUAUCGCGGCGGCCUACCUGAUGCAGUGCAGCUUCUACGGCCACUCCAUCUAUGCCACCCUCUACAUGGACGCGUGGCGGAAGGACUCCGUGGUCAUGCUCAUCCACCACGUGGUCACUCUGAUGCUCAUCGCCUUCUCCUACAUAUUCAGGUACCACAACGUGGGGAUUCUCGUGCUGUUCCUCCACGACAUCAGCGACGUGCAGCUGGAGUUCACCAAGCUCAACGUCUACUUCAAGAACCGCGGCGGGACCUUCCACCGCCUCAACGACAUCAUCUCCAACGCCGGCUGCAUCUCCUUCAGCGUCAGCUGGUUCUGGUUCCGCCUCUACUGGUUUCCCCUCAAAGUCCUCUAUGCCACGUGUCACACCAGCUUGCAGUCCGUCCCAAACAUUCCUUUUUACUUCUUCUUCAACGCUUUGCUAUUGAUUCUCCUGCUGAUGAAUAUCUACUGGUUUCUGUACAUCAUCAUCUUCGUGGCAAAGGUCGUGUUGGGUCAAGUGCGAGAAGUGAACGACGUCAGGGAAUACGAUAUCGACGCAGGGUCCAAGGAGAAAGACCGGGCGCUUUGCAUCCCCAGCGCCUGGAAGGAGGGUAAACAUUUGAAGAACGGCCUUGUGAAAGACAAACGGUUAUAAACAGCUCCCGCCGGACCACGGCCACAGGGAUCUCGUGGGACCCGCCAGGACGCCCGCCAUUCGAACCACUGCCUGCUUGGACAGCCACGGAAAGACAGC